ACGUGAAACGCAGGCGCUGUUCCAGCGCGCGCCUCAUGUGGGCUGUGCCUUCAACUGUUCUACUCGUGUCUAUUUCUGUCUCAUUUAUGAGCUAAGUUACAUAUUUCAGAAUUCAUUGCGUGUUCGUGUGUUCCUUUCUUUAAUAUAUAAUUUGCAGUUAGUGUUAUUGUAGUCGGCUAUUCGAAAACCGCGACAAAAAACGAUCACGUCAACCGAAUUUGAUUUGAUGCAUUAUUUUUAAUUUAUUUAUUUUAUAUUCCAGUGCUAAAUAUUCGUCUGCUAUCAUUUUAUUGUGACUUGGCUAAGGUAUUAUUUUCAGUGUGUAUCUGCGCACGCAGUGACACAAGAGUUUGUGUCGCGUGGGGAAAGUUGCGCGCGGAGCUCCAGUGCGCGUGAAUCAGAAUGUGAUGAACACGGAGGAUCGUUUAAUGAUAUCAAACUCAUCAUAUCACAUGAACAAGGAUCACCUCAUCAGAUCAAACACACCGGUGCCGCCGAACGGAUCAGAUGAUGCUCAGCCGAAAGCGCGCCUGAAUUCAUCAACCUGAUGAUGGACGCAAAGGUGAAGAACUACUAACGGAGAAGAUGGACGCGUCUCUCCAGAGGAGUUUGAGUGUUUUGGAUCGUCUUCUCCUCACGCACUCCAUAUGGUUGCAGCUGUCAAUCAACCCUGACUCCGCCCACCAAAUCCUGCAACGAGAGAUAGUUGGGACGUUUCUGGUGUGUAAGUGUAGCGCCUCCCACAGGAAGGUUUUGUGUGUGCGGCUGCAGGAGGGAGGAGUGUCACAGUAUCCCAUCCGUGAGGAAGACUCUACGUUUGCGCUAGAAAGUUCUGCCCUGAGCUUCCCUGAUCUCUGCAGACUAGUGGCAUUUUACACCGUCAGCAGAGAUGUAUUGCCUUUCCCACUGGAACUGCCAGAUGCAAUUAUACAGGCCACAAAUCACACCCAGCUGGAAAGCAUUUCACAUUUGGGUUUAGAGUUCUGGAGCUCUCAGACGUCUCCUGGCCUUCCUAAUGGCCCGCCUCCACCCUCAGCACCCCACCGGACAUUCAGAUUGAUCAGCCCAUGUUUCGUCAACCCCCUGUUCCUUCAGCCUCCCCAACCUAGCAGAACCGCCUCACACAAACGCCACCGCUUUAAACGCAGCCUCAGGGUCCGUGUGUCCAAUGAAACCUCUCUCAGCCUGUCGGGUGGAGAGUCGGAUCUAACCCAGGGGGAAACGCAUGGACAGAAUUCCAACCAGGGCGGCUCGAGACGAACAGGAGGGUUAAGUGUGCUCAGGAGGACCCCGGCUCUCACUCCUACUUCAGAAGAGGAGGAUGAUCAGAUGUUGGGACAGAUACCACCUGUAAGUAGUAACUCCUUACCCCAGCAAGGUAACACGGAACCCAACAAAGAUACUGACGAUGGUGAGGUGUGUCUCGCUUUGGAAAGGACUCGAGCUCCUUCCCUUGCUGAACUGGACAGCAAUAGUUCCUUCAGCAGUCUGGAGGAGGAAGAAGCCCAGGCAGACCUCGCCCACCAAUGGCCGCCUGCUGCACGUGGUACCCGUUAUCCCUCAGCAAACCCAACCUCGACCCUGCGCCGCAUGACUGCUGCCUUUGUAUGCGUGUUUGCUCCUGAGCGCCGAGUUGCCCGACUGGUGGAUGAACUCUCACAUGACAAGCGCUCCACAUUUGGGUCGCUGGUGCAGGACUUUUUAGAGAAGCAAAGGCAGGAGAUGGAGGCCUCAAAACAUAGUUCUGCUGUGGAGCUGCUUCAGGGGGUGAGGAGAUUUCUGUCUCAAGCCAAAAGUCUCCUUCUGGAAGCAGGAGAAAUAGAACCUCCGAUUGAGACGUUGGUUCCUGAGAACGAGAAAGAUCUUGCCCUGGAAAAGGCUCUGUUUGGUUGCGUGUUGAAGCCGUUAAAGAUUCAGCUGCAGCAGACGCUCAUAUCCCUUCACACCCAGGACGGCUCCUUGCAGAAGAUCACCGACAGCUUGCUGGCCUACCAGGAGGGGGCGCUGGAGCGCCUGGCUGUACGAGUGGCCGUCCUGGACGCUCGUGGCGUGGAUAGAGCGAAGGCGAAGCUCACGCUAAUGCAGCGCAGCCAUUCACCCAUUGACAAGGUGUUGCUUCUGCUACAAGUGUGCAAGAGUGUGUACAAAGCCAUGGGGACGCAACCUGAUCAGGAUGUGGGGUCUGAGGACUUCCUACCAGCGCUGUCCUAUGUGCUAGUUCAGUGUAACAUCCCGCAACUGCUGCUGGAGACGGAGUACAUGAUGGAGCUGCUUGAGCCGUCAUGGCUGACAGGAGAGGGUGGAUACUAUCUGACGAGUGUGUAUGCCAGCCUAUGUCUGAUCCAGAGCAAGCCUGGGGCCACGCCCACCUGCAGUCUGACCAAUGAGGCUCAAGAGUACUUGAGGGAGUGGAGUAGGAGGCGGGGCCAAGAAGCCAAGACCCAGAAAGACAGUCAGCAGAAACAGAGGUUUGUGCGAGUGUUAUUCCAGGACGACAGUCGUAGUGCAGUGCGGACGCUCCUCUGGAAGGCAGAGGACAACGCCGACGCUUUAUCCAAAACCUGCGCCGGUCUGUUUGGCGUGACGGAGCCGCAGCACUACUGUCUGUUCUGGAGGAGCGAAGGGGAAAUGCGUCCUCUGCCGGCCCACGUUCAGCCCCAUCAGCUGGGCGCCCACGAGGGAGUGUCUCUGUCGUACCUCCGCUCCGAUCACGACUUCAGCAAGAUGCGCAGACUGACCAGAGGCGGCGCCGUAGAUCUGGGCGAGUCGGUGUGCGAGGAAUGAAGAGACGCAGGUGCAGAAUGUGACUUUUACAUUUACAUUUGUUGUCACGUUCGUGGCAGGAGGAUUAUGGAUGUCACAAAGUAUUUGAAUGCUGUGUAUGUGUUCAGUUCUAUGGAUGAUGGUGAUUAUUUUCGUGUGUUUGGGUGUGUUGCGUGUAAUCGGAAGCACAAUAGCAUUUCAAAUGAAUCGAAGCAAGAUACUUGGUAAUAAUGCAAAAAGCAAUAGCUGCCAAACAGAAGAUCUGAGAUUCAGUGGUCACUUAUCGAUUGGCUUGCAGAGGUGUGUGUUGCAGAGUAAUACCAAAGUGUUGAAUAUAAUUUUAAAAAAGUAAAAUAAAAAUGAGUUAUGUUUAAACAGUACAUCAUAUAUGUACACAUCUGACAUGCUCUAAAAUAGCCCUGUGUCUGCACUGGACGCAUGUAGCAUGUUGCAUUAAAUCACUCUUAUUUUAUUCACUGGAGCUGUUUACACUGGACGUGUCUGACGCGAUGCAUUUUCAGUUCAUGCUUUCUGUGUUUGACGCAUUACAGAGCUGCCACAGCCACUGUUUUUCUAUAAUUCAUCUGAAGUACAAAAAUCUAUUUAGAAAUGUCAUAUUUGUGAAUUUUAUUUACACUGGGGUCUAUAAGGCCUUUUUUUUUUAAUCAGCUGAUUUGACGUAAGAUUUUACUCUGAUAAUAGGUCACUACAAAUGUAGACUUUCAGAUUUUUUCAUUUGAUGAUCCAUUGCAGCACAACAUCUCAAACUGUGUUCAAAAACAUGCAUCAACUUAUAAUUUAUUUUUAAUAAAGACAUUUUAUCAAAUUAGAAAGAUAAGCAAAAUAUAAUCUAUUUAAUAUAUAAUGGUAAUUUUUAUACCAAUAUAUUUUUAAAAUACAUACACUACCAGUCAAAAGAUUUUUAAUGUUUUUUAAGUAUUCUCUUCUGCUCCCAAGCCUGCAUUUAUUUGAUUAAAAAUACAGCAAAAACAGUAACAUUUUUAAAUAUUUUUACUAUUUAAAAUAACUGUUUUCAAUUUGAAUAUAUUUUAAAGUGUAAUUUAAAAUUUAUUUAAAAGCUGAAUUUUUAGCAUCAUUAAUCCAGUCACAUGAUCCUUCAGAAAUCAUUCUAAUAUUCUGAUUUGCUGCUCAAAUAUUAUGUUGAAAACAGUUGAGUUGAAUUUUUUCAGGUUUUCUUUGAUGAAUAGAAAGUUUAGAAGAACAGCAUUUACCUGAAAUAGAAAUCUUUUGUAAUAUUAUAAAUGUCUUUAUCAUCACUUUUGAUCGAAGCAUCCUUGCUAAAUAAAAGUAUUAAUUUCUAUAAUUCCCCCCCUUCUGACUCCAAGCUUUUUAUUUCAGAUAAAUGCUGAUCUUCGGAUCUUUCAAUUCAUCAAAGAAACCUUGAAAAAAUGUACUCAACUGUUUUAAAUGUUGAUAAUAAUAAUAAAUGUUUCUUGAACAGCAAAUCAGCAUAUAUGAAUGAUUUCUGAAGGAUCAUGUGACACUGAAGACUGGAGUAAUGAUGCUGAAAAUUCAGCUUUGAAUCACAGGAAUAAAUUACAUUUUAAAAUAUAUUAAAAUAGAAAACAGUUAUUUUAAGUUGUAAAAAAAAAAUUCAAAAUUGUACUGUUUUGCAGUACUUUAGAUUAAAUAAAUGCAGGCUUGGUGAGCAGAAGAGACUUAAUAUUAUGAAAUAUUAUUAGAAUUUAAAAUAACUCUUUUCUGUUUGUAAAAAAUUAUGAAUUUUAAUUUAUUUCUGUGAUGUUGAUGACAGUUGUGCUGUUUCAUAUUUUAGUUAUAACUAUGAUACAUUUUAAUUUUCAGGAUUCUUUGAUGAAUAAAAAGUUCAAAAGAACAACAUUUGUUUGAAAUAGAAAUCUUUUGUGCCACUUUUGAUCAAUUUAAUGCAUGUUUGCUGAAUAAAAGUAGUAAUUUCUUACUACUCACUGACCCCAAACUUUCGAACAAUAGUGUAGACUUUUGUUGAAAUACUGCUGCAUAUACAGUAACUUUAUCUGUACAGUUGGAAGCAAAGUUAUUCACACAUUUUGCUCUUUCUGAACUAUAUAUAUUUCUUUAUGAUGUGACAUGCAGCUUCAGCACUUCCAGUGUAGACAACCAACACGCUUCCAGUGUGAAUACAGCGUGAUUAUGGAGUAUGAAGGACGUGUAUGUUGUGAGUUUUGCUGUAACACUACUGGUACUACAGUGGUUUUGUGGUACUCUGAUUGAUUUUAUGAGUUUUACUUGAACUGCACCGGCUGUUUUGUUCGCUGAACAUUAACUGAUCAUUGUGCACUCACCACUGGCCUGAUAUUUGUGUUUAUUUGGUUUAUUCCUUCAUAUCCUUCUGAAAGCAGACUAUUUCAGUGUGUGAAGGAUGUAGUGAACAUGUGGCAUCAUGAUCAUUUGUGAAUACUCAUGUAAAUAGACUCCAGAGAGUCCGGCUGGUUGUGUUUUGCAGACGUGUUCAGCACUAAUAAUGUGUGGUGUGGCACUCGCUGAAUGUACGGCUCUGGUUUCACGUCACGGUGGGCAGAUAAACACGCAGACGCUGUCACAAGCUCGAAUUAUGGCUGCCCACAAUUCAACUCAUACCGGGAAGCAAAUUGUGUUAAGUCAGGAUGAAUUUCCUUCUCAGACUGAGAAGAGUAGUUCUCAAAAUGGCCAUCAAGUGUCAAACUUGGGUAUUUUAUAAGCAGGUUUUAGUUUUAAGCCAGGGUCAUUAUGCGUGAAACGGUGCCGUUUGUGCCUAAAAAAUGCUGGAUUUUUAAUUACAUUAAUAUUGUUUUUGAACCAGAAUUAGUACCCCAUAUACACAAAUGAUUAACUAUUACUCCAAAAUAAAACGUGGUUAUUGCCUUGCACAUUACAAUAUUAUUUAUGCUACUGUUACCAUAAAAAGGUCCAUUAUUUGGUUAUUUAGACAAAGUGUAGAUUAUAAUUUAUAUACUUACAAUUUGAAUAGACAAUUCUGGUGGUAUCACUAGUUUUGUGUGCCUUACAACAUUAAAAUAAAAAUAAAUGUAAAAAUGUUAAAAAAAAAAAAAAGAUUAAAUUAUAACGAUAUUUGUAAUUACUAAAAUGUCAUUAUAAUUGAAUAAUUUUUUUACCCUUUUUUUUUCCCAACUAAAGUUAACUAUAUAUAUAUAUAUAUAUAUAUAUAUAUAUACAUAUAUAUAUAUAUGGGUCAUUGACAUAAGGAUUUUCGACAGGCCAAUUUUAAAAUACAAAAAAUAAUAUCUGUUGUAAUUGUUCAAACAUUAAGAAUGUUGCAUACACAUAAAUUCAUAUUAAAAUGUCAAAAAACAGUGAUUUUAGUGUUUUUCAUCUCAAUGAUUUGGCCAUAGAAAAAAAGUCAUGUGGUGCGACCAUGAUUUAUAUUAAAAUGAAUUCAUUUCCUUAACAUGCUUAACAUUUUUUAGAUGCUCUCAGUAAUUAACGUCUUUAGAAACAAAGUAUUUGCAUUUAUUUUGAGUUUUUGUAAAUAAUGAUCUCAGAUUUUUGUUUUGUAAUUUCAGCCUUCAUGAAUUUAGUAGUGCAUAAAACUGAUAAAAAUGUUUUAAAAUUUCACUUAAGCAUUCUGUAGCAGUGAUUUAUAUUUCAACCACAGAAAUUAGAUAUUUUAUGUUUAUUUUAAUACACUUUUUCCUAUUAUGGGUUGUACCACAUGAUAAGUGGUUGCUUCAAAUGACUCAAAGCCCUUAUAUCAUUAAAAUCUAUUUAAAGAGACGUGUGAAAAGUGCAGGCCAUGGCAUUAACUGCAGGCAUUUCUUUAGCCCCAGUUAUUUCUGAACUUUGCCCAGUCUUGGCUGCUCAGUUGACCCUUUGCGGGAGUUUGAUUAACAGGUGGUCUGACCAAUCAUAAUGCCAAAUACGCUGUUUUGUCUGACAAACAAACCAGACAGGAGAGUAGAUUAAAGUCAGUGGACUUGAACUUGAAAAAUGGUGUGUAUUUACAUCUUCUCACGGGUGACCCUUUGUGAAGGAUCAGUUUAGAGUAGCGGGAGGUUGCUGGCUCAGGUUCUGAGAUCACAGCAUGAACAUCUUUAUUAGAAAAUGAAAUCUGGAGUUUGUGCUU